AAUGACCUGCUUAUCCUUCGUCCGAUUCAAAGUGAUUUUCCGCCAUCUCCCAUGUCCCUGAGAGGCGAAGAGAGUGCGUAAAUGGAGACGAAAAGCCCUCUCCCAUGUCCGAACACGGUGACUGUUCGGAGAAACCCUCACCGGAGGGCUAGGCCUACCCCUUCCACAACCGCUCCCCAAAUACCCGUCCCAUCCUCGUCUUCCUUGACGAUAGCCCAAGAUAUUCCAUCAUUUCCUAUCCAGGACAUUCUUUCAAUAGAAAUCCCCCAGAAGGGCCAAAGCCCUACAAAACCGGACCUCCCGUCCUCAUCGUCCUCUUCCACCGAUGCUCCAGUCUCCGAGAACCUCAGAGUCUACCUCAGAAUUCGGCCUCUUUUGCAGCCCAAGGCCACGGUCCGAAACGGCAGCGCCGGGGAGCAUAACCAUAGGUCGAGAGCCAAGAACGCGUGGCCCCAAAACUUAGCAAAUAAGGGCUCUGCGAGGGACAAGAACGCUAUGAAGAAGAGCGGUGAAGUUUGUCUCACGGUCAAUGAUUUUCAGUCAGUGACACUAUCGCCGCCCUUAGCUUUAAAAGAAUCGAAGCGAAUCAAGUCUGAGGUUUACGGAGGGUUUUCUCACGUAUUUCCGGCCGACUCGUCUCAGGGUGAAGUGUAUGAGAGAAUGUUGAAGCCUCUGGUCGAGGAUUUUCUCCAGGGCAAAAGCGGAAUGCUUGCUGCAUCGGGUCCUAGUGGCUCCGGUAAGACUCAUACGGUUUUCGGGAGUCCUAGGGAACCUGGUAUGGUGCCGCUUGCGCUACAACAGAUCUUUAAGCAGUCAGGGGAAAAUAAUUCUGAGACAUUCAGGUCAUUUUCUAUAUCAAUAUUUGAAAUAACUUCAGAACGAGGAAAAGGAGAGAAGGCAUACGAUUUGUCACCUGAUGGAACUGAAUUAAGCAUGCAGCAAUCAACCAUAAAAGGCCUACAAGAGGUUGUUAUUUCUGAUGCUGGACAGGGAGAGUCUUUAAUAGCCCGUGCUAUGUUAAAACGUGCCACAGGAAUGACUAAUGCAAACAGUCAGUCAAGCCGGUCGCAGUGUAUCAUUAACAUUAACAGCGUUGCGAACAAGGUUGAUGAAGUCGGUAACAAUGCUGUCUUAACCAUUGUUGACCUUGCUGGAGCUGAAAGAGAAAAAAGGACUGGGAAUCAGGGGGCAAGAUUGCUUGAAAGUAAUUUUAUCAACAAUACAUCAAUGGUUUUCGGCCUGUGUCUAAGAUCACUGUUGGAGCACCAAAAGAACCCCAAGAAGCCAUUGCAGAAGCACUUCCAGAACUCAUUGUUGACCAAAUACCUGCGAGAUUAUUUGGAAGGAAAGAAGCGGAUGACACUGAUUUUAACAGUUAGAGCCGGAGCAGAAGACUAUCUUGAUACAUCCUACUUGCUAAAACAAGCUUCACCAUAUAUGAAAAUCAAGUUCAAUAAUGUUGAGGAGUCUUCCAUCAAGAAUGGUAACAAGAGGCAUGUCCAAGCAUUGCCUAGAGUUGAGCAGCCCAAAAGAAGGAAACUUAGUGGCCUUGAAGCCCACGUGCCUGAAGAAGGAAAGCGCAUUGGAGAGGAGCAAGGGCUUUCUGAGGAAGAGGCCUCUCAAAUUUUCAGAUUGGAUGUUAAUGAGAAUGCAACCAGAAAGUCGGACUUUCCCAGCUUGGCAGAGAAAGAGAGAAACCAUCAGAUCAUGCAGAAUUUCACUAAAGCUAUAUGGAACGUCUUGAAGCAAUAUAACCAAAAGCUCAAGGUGGCAGAGAGUGAAAUCCAGAGUCUCAAAGAAAACCUUACAAAUGAAAAGACUAGAAGUCUUGAGCUGGGAAAAGAGCUGGAGGAUUUGAAGUCCUACUGUACUUGUUCCAAGGGACUUCAUGGUGAUGCCUCCGUGGUUAAAAUAUGCACAAGUUCAGAAUCCAUUGUAGAAUUAAAUGGAUCUAAUAAUGUUGAAGAGAAAGAUGUGGACCUUCAUUCUUCCAGCCUCAGGGCAUCUAAUUGCAAUGACACUCUUGGAAAGUGUGACUCCUGUCCAAGUCAGGAUAAAUAUGUGUUCUCACAGGAAAAAGGUGGAAACUUCUCCUUAAAGUUGAGUGGAUUCGACUGUGUUGACAAUAAGCAAGAAUCUGAUGCCACUGAGAGUUGUUCUGAUGUUGACAUAGGAAAUGCUUCACGCUUUUGUGUUGAAAACUGUAACCAGCAGAAUUAUCAGGUAGGUGAUAUCUAUCCCAGGAAUGGACACAACACGGGGGAUUUAAACGAGUCUAAAUCUUUGGGAGUCAAAUAUAAUUAUUAUCCAGAUGCUGAUGCAACAGAGGUUGCUAUCAGCUGUUCUCGGUCACAUGGGAUAGUUAGAGAUGACAGCUGUUCAUCCGUGGAGCUGGACCAACUUCUUACCAAGGAGGAUAAGGAAUCUUUGGAUUUGCCACCAUCACCUAAGGAAGAUGCUGCAUUUACCCAAGCAUGCAGUGAUCUUGAUGUGCUGGAUAGUGAACCUAUAUCUAGUACUCCCUAUAGAGACUUGAAUUUGGAGAAAUUAAGCAGGAAACCUUUGCUUGCAUCCUCGAUAUGGCCAAGGGACCGCAGUGCACUGGAUGUUGACGAUGGGAUUAUGGAGCCAGUGGAUUUGUUGGAUCCACCUCAAUCACAAAAGGAAAAGGUUACAUUUACCAAAGAAUGCGAUGCUGAUGAUGUGCCAAAUAUUGAACCAAGAGUUGAUUCUUCCAGAAAACUCGAGAAACCAAAAAGGAGACUUUUGCCUGCAUCAUCCAUAUUGGUGAGGGAUUUCAGUGCAUUGGGCGUUGAAGAUGAUGUUGAGAAACCAAAGAGCAAUAGAGCUGGAAGGAAACUGGCUAUGGAUGAAAGAAAAACAACUCAGGGUAGGAUCGCUCUCCUGCGCUUACUUAAGAUCACUCCCCCGUAAUAUAGCAACGGCGCU